CGCCGCUUAUACCAUCUACUUGCUAUAUCUUUCCGGAAUACGCUUGAUUCAUGAUCACUCGGCUUGGUGCGCUGCUUCGAUAGUCCCGGUGGAAUGUCCCGGUCUGUAGAAUGCUUGGCACAAUCAAAGAACAAGUGGCAGACAAGGCGACAUGGCAAUUAUGCAGUCAUGCGGCUGAACGUAAAGAAGACGAUCAUUUUUCUGCUGGGUAUCGCUGACUUUCUGGAAUUUUCAGCUGCUUGUCGAUAGCUGUCCGGGUCAAGUGCGUUGCCUUGGCUGUUCCUGAGCCGAGGCUAUGCAAGCACCGCAACCGCGUUGGUACCGAAGCUGGCAUCAUGAACAUGUAAGUUUCAAAGCCCACGGAAUGAGAAAAGGACAUCGUGCAUCUUGAAGCCUGAAUUGUGUCUUUUACAGAGCUUCUUACUAUACAGAAUAUCAAUCAGUGCGAUGGCGACUCAAGCCCAGAGAUCAGCUGACCGCGAACACCUCGAGCAAUCGCCCAUUUCACUAGUAAACAUCUCCACAGGUCACGGCCAACAACACGACGAUGCUGAAGCCGGCACUCGAACAGUUUUCUCAGAUCAAACACCUGGCUUGCCUGCAGUCGAUAGAGGAUACGCAGCAUGGCGCUUGCUCCUCGCCGCCUUUGUGUUUGAGGCUUUGUUGUGGGGGUUCCCGCUCUCUUUCGGCGUCUUCCAGGAGUACUACUCCAGCCUCCCAGAAUUUCAAAACAACCCAUACAUCUCAGCUAUAGGGACUACGGCUUCUGGGAUAUCGUAUCUGGGUGCGCCGUUGGUGACGCCGCUGAUCCGACGUUGGGCGCCCUACCGAGUACACAUGAUUUGGUUUGGAUGGCCGUUGUGCAUACUUGGUUUGGUGGCGGGGAGCUUUGCGAAUGAGCUGGGCACGCUUCUUCUCACGCAAGGGGUUCUGUACGGUGUCGGAUUCAUCAUAUUCUAUUAUCCUAUCUUGUCGAUGGUAGACGAGUUCUGGAUUCGAAGAAGAGGUAUGGCGUAUGGGUUUCUAUGCAGUGCAUCCGGCGCAUCUGGAGCUGUCACACCCGUCAUCGUACAAAUCCUGCUCCGCAAGUACGGCUACAAAACGACAUUGAGAAGCGUCGCUCUCGCCCUCGUGGUUCUCACAGGGCCAUUGAUCCCGUUCCUGAAACCCCGCCUGCAGCAACAGCAAACGGCGAGCCUACGAACAGACUGGAGUUUUCUUAAAAAGCGCUUGUUUUGGACGUAUAGCAUCAGUAACAUCCUCAUGGGCCUAGGAUACUUCUUCCCCGCGGUGUUUCUGCCAUCUUACGCGACUCUGAUUGGAUUGCAAGGAUCAAGAGGCGCGCUGCUUUUGACUUUGAUGAGCGUUGCGCAAGUCGCAGGCCAGUUCAGCUUCGGCUACAUGUCUGACAAAAAAGUGCCAGUUAAUGCACUCAUCAGUGUGGCAUCACUGGUCGCGGCUGUUGUGACUUUGACCAUGUGGGGCUUGGGGCGCACAAUGUUACCGCUGGCCUUCUUUGCUGUUUUGUAUGGGUUCUUUGGUGCAGGAUAUACGGCAAUGUGGGCAAGAAUGGUGACCGCUGUUAGCGAAGAGCCAUCCGCGUCGCAAGCCAUGUUCGGUCUAUUCUGCGCAGGCAAGGGCAUCGGUAAUAUCCUGACGAGCCCCAUCAGUGCUGGUCUUUUGAGAUGGUCGACACAAUCAUCUGGGUACGCGUCUGGAACAUACCGAGCAAUCGUCAUUUUCUCGGGAGUUUGCUUGUUUUUGAGCGCCAUCAGCGUGAGCGCAGUAUAUGUCAGGCCCAAAGCGUAUCUAGGAAGGUUCUUCUAGACACGGUGCUUAUU